UUUAUACAUUUCUAAAUUCAUAUAAAAAGGUGCAUUCAUUUUAGAAUUUUCAUCAGUCAAAUUAUAGUGACAAUUCAGUUAACAAGUUAAUAACUAUUUCAUUAACAAAACUAUCAAAAAAUAACUAAAAAAUGGCUUUAUGGCAAGGCAAAAAAUAUAGAUUGGAAACAUCCGAAAACUUUGAUGAUUAUAUGAAAGAGCUUGGAAUUGGUUGGUUAUUACGUACAAUUGGAAAUAAUACAUCAGCUACCGUUGAAUUAGUUGAAGAAGCCGAUGGAUCAUAUUCUUUUAUAACCGAUUCAACAUUCCGUAGAAGUGUUAUGAAAUUUAAACCUGGAGAAGAAUUCGAUGAAGAAACUAUUGAUGGACGUAAUGUUAAAAGUGUUUGUACAUUUGAUGGCCCAAAUAAAUUCAUUCAAGAGCAAAAAGGUAGUAAACCAACAACAAUUGUUCGCGAAUUCAAGGAAGAUGAACUUAUUACAACUUUAACAAUUGGUAAUGUAACAUCUAUACGUAAAUACAAACUUGUUGUUUAAGAACGGUCAAUAAAAAAUCACAGAAUUUUACUAAACAUAAAUAUUUUUUAUAAUAAUCAAA